AUGCUCCGAUCCCGCUUUCCUCCAAAAUCCGAGUCCUCCUCUGUCAGUAAAGUGAACUGCAGCGGAUCAGAUGUGAGUCACUUUCUCUCUGACAGACAGACAGACCUCAGACAGAUCCGUCCGGGUCCGCCGGGAGCCAGACGUCUGGUCCCGACGGGGAUUGUGGCCAUCUGUUUAUCUUUCGGUUUAGAGGCGCUCAAGGAGAUGUCCUGCUACAACCACCAGAGAAAAACAGUCUCGUAUAAUGAAGUCAUACCGUGCAGGCGCGUGGCCCAGCAAACGAUGCCGUCUCACCACAAAGAGCUCGUGCCUCAGCUGGCCUGGAUGGAGGCCAAUAAAAGCACGGAGGAGAUGAGAGGUCAAGCCCCGGACGGAAAAGCCGCAGCCGUGAGUCCGGAGGUCAGCGCGAAGCAGACGGCCUUCGAGAGAGCCGUCUAUGACCUCGGGCACAAGGAGAAGCUCGUCAGCGACCUCGCCUUCGGCAAACGGGUCGGCUUUUACGAGCUCCGUGGGGAAAUAGGCAGCGGAAACUUCUCCCAGGUCAAACUCGGCGUUCACGACCUGACCAAAGAAAGGGUUGCCGUCAAGAUCCUGGACAAGCUGCGUUUGGACAGGCGCUCACAGAGGUUGUUCUCGUCUGAGAUACGCUGCAUGGAGAGACUGUCCCACCCCAACAUUGUUCGUCUGUAUGAGGUGGUGGAGACGUUCUGCAGGCUUCACCUGGUGAUGGAGUAUGCUCCUGGAGGAGAGCUGUACUCCAGGAUCGCCACCAGAGGACGCCUGUCCGAUCUGGAGAGUAAACUAGUCUUCUCUCAGAUACUGUCUGCUGUUAAACACAUGCACGACAACAACAUCAUCCACCGCGACCUGAAGGCCGAAAACGUCUUCUACACCACCACGUACUGCAUCAAAGUGGGCGACUUUGGCUUCAGCGCUGAAUGCAAGCCUACCGACAUCCUCACCACCUUCUGCGGCUCCCCGCCCUACGCCGCCCCUGAGCUCUUCCGGGACAAUGGUUACAUCGGACCGCCGGUGGACAUCUGGGCUCUGGGCGUCCUGCUGUACUUCAUGGUGACGGCCACGUUCCCCUUCAACGGCUCGAGUCUGAGACGACUGCGCUUCUGCAUCCUCCGGGGAUCCUACGUCAUCCCCGCGUUCGUGCCAGACGUCUGCCAGUAUGUGAUUAAAGGCGUGCUGAGGCUGGUCCCGGCCGACCGUAUAUCCCUGGCGCAGAUCAUGUCCAGCGCGUGGCUGAGGGGCAUCGAGUAUCCUCAGCCGUACGCACCCGCUCCUCCCACGCCGGCGCACCUGGCCGACGCGUCACGGACGCUCUCCGCCGAAGAGCGCUCGGUCAAACUCGCCCUCGGGGGGCUGGGGAUCACCGAGAUUCACCUCAGGAACAACGCGGUGCUGGACUCCCGGAGCCCUCUGACGGGGAUCUACCGGAUUCUUCUGCACCGGAUCCAGCGGAGCAGGUCCGUGGAGUCGGCGGGAUGCUCGGCGCUCUGUUCCGCCAAUACCCGCCUCGGCAGGAGGUGCUGGUCUCACCCUACGACCGUCCACAGGAAACAAGAACAGUCCGCCGUCUGUGCCAUCCUAUAAGAAAAACAGAGACAGAUGCGCUCGGCUGGGUGGGUCUUUCCCACCCGACCUCGUGGACGCGCGUAUAAAUAGCACGCCAAAUACGAAAACUCGUCAUAAUAAUAGGGAAAAUGGACUUUGCAGUGAUACACGAUUUGAAUAGGAUCGUAUAUAUACGGCACGCCGACAAAUAUCGUAUCACAUUCACGUGAAAACCUUUUCUAUGCACGCCAAAUAAGUGC